AUGCCGUCUAAUCAUUAUCAUAUACAUACCUUUAUACAGUCCAUAAGUGCACUUUUUGCAUCACUAUACUUGGCGUUAAUAAUUCUAACGAUCCCAUUGGCCUUCGAUGUAGGCGGAGUAACUUGCGGAUUAGCCUUUUCGUUCACCACCUUGGUCAUCUACUUUGUCCUCACCACUAUUAGAAUAUUGAGCCGCAGGACCAAGUACUUCAAGUGGAUAUCGAUAGUAUACUAUAGUCAGCAUUUCUUUAUCCCCAGUUUGUUGACAUAUUUUCUAAGUUAUUAUCGCCAAAAUCAUCAGAUAGAAUCGGGCUGGAGCUUGUUGUCGGUAUGGAAAACAUUAUUGGUCAAUGCGACACCAGUGUUUACCAUUUUAGAGGGAUUUUGCUCGCUUUUGUUAAUACAAGCGAUUGGCCAAACGGUCAAUUGGCUAACAAACUACAAAUCAGACUCAUGGUUGAUCAUCUCACUAGUCAGCAGUGCGCUUGUUGACACAGCAGCAUUUUAUUUCCUCUACAGAAUCUAUGUUUUUCCAUUCACCAUUGAUAUCCUUAGUGCAUCUUUGUUGGGUUCAUUGUUGACAUUAACAAUCGGAUUGGGUUUAUUCGGAAUUGUUAGUGGCAAAGGAUCAAUGAUUGAAUCAUCGCUCCUCUUUGCUUACAUUGUUAGGUGCAUUUACGAGACAUUCCCCAUACUAUCAGAAGAUGCAUCAAAAGCCUUGGCCCACUUGUUGAUGCUCACUACACAGAAUGUUCGCAAAGAGAUUCCCAAGAUUGCACCAUCAAUUUUGAACCCAAUCUCAGAAUUAGUUCCAUUCCUUACGUCCACAAUGCCAUCCUCAUUUAAAGGAGUAUGGGAGUUUCUCGUAAUGGCUAUUCAAAACUUAACUUUGCCGCUCUUGUUGAAUCUUGCUUAUCGAAUCGGCGUUUUCUACGCAGCAACAAAGAUUAUUCCAUCAUUAUACAAGUCUUCAUACCCCAAUAUCACAUCACCACCAAAGAGCCCAAAGAUUGGUUCACGCCACUCUUCUAGCACAGCACUACGAGAAUUAGCUAAUGUCGAUCCAUCAAGGCCAGAGAGUGCUACUACCAUCACCAGCAAAAACAGUAAAAGCGAUCUAACCAAUUCUUACAACACUAAUGGUGUUAACCGGAUACCAUUGACAUCGAGAAAGUCUUUCCAUCUCAAACCACCACAUCAUCAACCCCCUUCAGCCAUAAUCCGACUAAUAUACGCGUACUCACCGUGUUUGAUCAUUGCUGUUUAUACACAUCUAAUGCUAUCAUACACUGGUGAAUUGGGUACGGAACUACAAAUAUGGCCUAUAUGGGGUUUGAGUCCUUCUUCUUACCCGUUCUCUUCCUCCUCUUCCUCUUCCUCGUCGUCUUCUUCUUCUUCAGCAAUAGUGGUGCAUCCAUGGAAGUUUUGGAACUGGAUUAAUAUGGGAACGACAUUGAUUUUAUAUGUCGCUGAAUUAAUGAGCAAUGAUAGUUCAUCUGGCGGUGGUAAUAGUCUUACAAGUCACUGGAAAAUAGAAUAG